AGUAAGCAAGCAGUUGGGUGAGUCUGCACCUUUGAGUCUCACUUGAGCAAUCUCUCUCUCCCUCCCUCUUUAUAUCAUAAUAAUCUCUCACAAAAUCAGAUCUAAACAUCCUGCAUUUGAAUUCCAACACUACAACGACAUUCACUUUGAUCUUCAAUUUGUGCGUAAACUUUGAUUAAGGAUGGCUUUGAGACAACCUGGUUUAAUCGCUUUAUUUGAUGUAGAUGGCACUCUUACUGCUCCAAGGAAGGGGGUUACUCCAACGAUGUUGAAAUUCAUGCAGGAAUUGCGUAAGGUUGUUAACGUUGGCGUUGUUGGAGGAUCUGAUCUUGUUAAGAUCUCCGAACAGCUAGGGUCAACAGUUAUAAAUGACUAUGAUUAUGUGUUUGCUGAGAACGGCCUUGUGGCCUACAAGGAUGGAAAAUUAGUUGGAACACAGAGCCUAAAGACAUACCUAGGGGAGGAAAAGAUCAAGGACUUUGUCAAUUUUACCCUUCAUUACAUUGCUGACUUAGAUAUCCCAAUAAAAAGGGGGACCUUUAUUGAGUUUCGAAGUGGGAUGAUUAACGUUUCACCAAUCGGGCGAAACUGCAGCCAAGAAGAAAGAGAUGAAUUUGAGAGAUAUGAUAAGGUUCAUAAUAUACGCUCGAAAAUGGUGGAAGUCCUUCGAGAAAAAUUUGCUCAUCUUAACCUUACGUUCUCCAUUGGUGGCCAAAUUAGCUUUGACGCGUUCCCCAAAGGUUGGGACAAAACUUAUUGUUUGAAAUACUUGGAAGAAUUUCAAGAAAUUCACUUCUUUGGAGAUAAGACUUACAAGGGUGGAAAUGAUCAUGAGAUUUAUGAAUCCGAACGAACUGUUGGCCACACAGUUACGAGCCCCGAUGAUACUCUGAGCCAGUGUGCUACUCUGUUCCUCCACAAGCAAGACUGAGAUACCCGACUCAAUUUUGCUUUAGGAUUUCCCGCACCGUAAGGUUUGGGAAGAAAGUCAUUGUAUGCAAUAUUUUUACUUUAUAUAUGCAUAGAGACCAGUUAUUUUGGUUUUGGUAAUUAUAUAAAUUUUGAAUAAAAUGAAUGCACCUAUAUCGCAUUUCAAGUAGACAAGAGUUUUAUGGGAAGAAACAUGUAUCUUAUAAGAGACUUGCAUCAUUUAGCCAACGUUUUCAUUCAUUUAA